AUGUUUCAGCAACAGCAGCCAAACCAGCUGGAAAUGAUGAUCCAGUCCGCAUGUAAUCCCGAGUUCUAUGAGCCAAAUCUCGCUUUGAAUAUGGAAAUCGUCGACCAAAUAAACCAACGGGCUACCAAAGGAUUUCCACGGCAAGCUGCCCUCGCCAUCGUCAAGCUGGUCAACGAUCGGAAUCCAAACAGUGCUUCUCUGGCUCUGAAUGUAAAUGUCUAUCUCGCACAGUUCAUGGUCAUUGAUCAUCCUUUUGCACUGUCUCGCACACUGCUGGAUCAAUGCGUCAAGAACUGUGGCUACCCAUUCCACCUCAUCGUUGGGACAAAGGACUUUUUGAAUGAGCUCGUUCGUCGAUUUCCGGAAAGACCUUUGCAAGGAGUGGGGCCAGUCCAAUACAGGAUCCUAGAACUCAUACAGCAGUGGAAUGCAACUCUUUGCCGGCAUUCGAGAUAUAAAGAAGACUUUAAAAACAUUAAUGACAUGUACAACUUGCUCAUGUACAAGGGCUACAGGUUUCCACAGCUCCAGCAAGAUAGUGCUAAUGUUAUGGCGCCGAAAGAAGAACUCAAGACUGAAGAAGAGCUGGAAGAAGAAGAUAAAGUUGCUCAAGGUGCUAAAUUGCAAGAAUUGUUGAGAUUAGGAACUCCUGCGGCUUUAGAGCAAGCGAAUGAUCUUAUGAAAAUCAUGGCUGGAUAUGAUAUGGAGAAGCGUCCGGAUUACAAGAAACAAGUCAAUGAAGAACUGGAUAGAAUUGAACAUCGUGCCAUGGUCUUGAACGAUGUGUUGAAUUCGAAAUCUCCGAAAGAUAGAAAGACUCACGACCCGAAUUUAGAGGAAUUACACGCAACUGCCAAAACAGCUCAAACAAGAAUCCAAAAAUUGGUUUCUGAUGGAGACGAUGACAGCAGAAUUGGUCGUCUACUGGAAUUGAACGAUUUAAUUAAUACUGUGAUUACCAAGUAUGCUGACUACAAGGCUGGAAAACCUAUUACAAGAGAUCUGCCUGGUUUCGCCUUUCUGGAUCCACAAGCAAAUGAAUCACCACGAACAGGUCCCAUCAGUCUGAUUGACUUUGAUGGGCCACCUGCUACACAAACACCUACAGGCUCGUCAUCCUUGUCGAAUCCACCAACGUAUGCUAGUAGUAGUGGCUCUAUCUCACCGUCGAAAUCUGUUUCACCAUCGAAAACUCCCACUAACUUAUUGGACGAUUUGAGUGGGUUGAGCUUUUCUGACAAUCCAAAUCAACAACCUUCAUCAUUACCGUUAACCACACCAUCAUCACUCCCACAUACACAACAAAGCAAUGCUGCCAUCCUCGCCAAUUUUGGAAAGUCGAAUCACAGCGGUGCUUCUACGCCAGUAAUGAAUUCAAGUAUACGGCAACAGCAGCAAGCACCUGCUGGAGCAUCAUUAUUGGGUGACUUGACUGGAAUCAUGUCAUUGCAACAACAACAGCCAUCAUCAAUAAUGUCUGGUAGUGCUGGUGCCACCAAACCGUUUACUGCAACGUUGUGGCAAACCACUGUACCGAAUGCAAAUCUAUCUAUAACGAGUACUAGUAGUGGUGGUGGUUUAUCCACGUCAACACAAGAUCCGUUUGAUGCAUUAGGAUUGGGAUUAUCUAAGCCAUCAACAUCAUCCAUGCCUGUUAUUCCUGCGAACACAAAUUCAAUCACACCACAGCAGCAACCAAACCAACCACCUAGAGCUUCCAACGAAUUUUUGGAGUUUCAGUCCGCAGCACCUGUACCACCACCAACAUCAUCAUCAAAAUCAUUUGAUUCUCAAGAUGUGGUCUUACUAGCCAAAAACGGUCUUCGAGUCGUAUUACGACUAAUGCCAAGUGACAGUGGGUACCAGAUACAAGCUGGUUUUACGAAUACUACACCUGUACCAUUCACACAGUUGGUUUUUGCUUUGGCUGUUCCCAAGACAAUGAGCUUGACAAUGGACAAUGUCUCAUCAACAACAAUUCCACCAUUGGGAACUGGAGCAGUGUUUCAGAGUAUCAAUGUUGUAAAUUCCGCCAAGGAUUCAUUACGAAUGCGCUUCAAAGUAUCAUAUCAAGUCAAUAACAUUCCUGUUGAAGAGUCGGGUGAAUAUGUGUACAAGUAA